AUAGAGCUAUGUGGAGGCGCGUGAAGCCAUACGUGGCUCAGUCGGCCGGAGAGGCAUGAGCAGAUUCCAGUUCCGAAGCCGAGAAGGAGCCACCGAGAGUCGGGCAAGGAAGGCGCUGCGGCAUGGCCGGGCUCUUGCGGCUGCUGCUGCUGGCGCCUCUGCGAACCGGGACUGGGAACGUCACCACUGCCAGGAGGAUCCAGGAACAUCUGGAAGCAGCUGGACAUGUGUGUGUCAUCCAGGAUACUUCAGACUUUGAGUCCUCGCUGGUGGUCGCAGAUCUCAUCUCUUCUAAGAACUUCGAGGCUGCUCUCGGGAUCCAUCUUUAUAAAGCAGGCAGACUUCUGCAAGGGAGCGGAAUCCCUUUCGGAAUCAUCUUUGGUGGGACGGAUAUCAACGAAGAUGCCAAGUGUGAGGAGAAGUCCCGGGUGAUGGGAGCAGUCUUGGAUGAAGCCAGGUUUGCCGUCUCUUUCACAGAAGCCAUGAAGGAAACAGCUGCUGCUAACUGGCCUCGCAGCAGGAACAAAAUACACGUCCAAAGUCAAGGGAUUGUGACCGCCCACAACCUGUCUUUUAACUGGAAGAAAUUUCUGCAGAGUGCAGGGAUCCCCCAGGACAGCAACAACGUUUACCUCUUCCUUUUGAUCUGCAGCCUGAGAAGAGUCAAAGAUCCGCUGUAUUUAGUGGAUGCUUUUUCAGACUGGCACAGAAAGGAACCCGCGGUGCAUCUGAUUAUCAUUGGACCCACAGUCGAUCCUGUGUUCGCAGAGGAAGUAAAGGAGAAAGUUCGAAGGGCGGACGGAGUGCAUUUGCUACCCACAAUACCUCCGGAAGAUCUCCACGCUGCUGUGAAAAACUGCCUUGCUGUGGUGAACAGCUCCAUUUCAGAAGGGAUGUCGGCGGCCAUCUUAGAGGUAAUUGCGUCCUCCUCCUUUGCUUUGGUUGAAAUCUGCCCCCGUUUUGUCAAAGCCAGGACCAAGAACACCCCACCCGCCUUUUUGUACAAGAUGUGUCAUUUCCACCAGUCUUGUAAAUUCGUGGGAAAGCGCCUGCUUGGGAUCGAGGUUCUUGUUACCCAGGAGCAGCAAUUCAGGCACAGAAAGAUUUCCAGGCACACAAGUUUUAGAUGGGAUCUAAUCUCAUUGUUGGUGAAAAUGACCAUCGCCAUCAUCCGUUCCUAG